CCGAAUCGUAAUUGUUCCGACUGGAAACCAGAAACAAGAACUGACUGCACUUGCUGCAUUGUUGGGUGUUUUCUGCUUCGGCGUGCUGUUCGGUUUGGAAGGUCCCUGCUUUGUAUCUGCUCAGAAAGACCAGAGGGAUGGGUCUGCUGUCAGAUCCCAAUCGCAGGAGGGCCCUGACCAACCUCCUUACCCGUCUCAACACCCCCCUUUGUGUGGUGUGCUACCUCGCGGGCGUGGCAUGGUUCAUGGGCCUUGCGUUUGAGCCUUUCACCCUGCGUACCUACAUGUCUGAGAAUGCCAUGGGGUCCACCAUGGUGGAGGAGAAGUUUGGGUCAGGCGAGAGGGCCCUUGCCACCGCCAGAGAGUUCGCUGCUCACAAGAAGAAGGCAGAUGGGAUGCCAGUAGACUGGUUGGUGAAAGCCAUGCAAUCAAGGGGUCUGGAGGUUUUCACACAGAGCUUCUCUCGCACCCUGCCUUUCCCUGAUGAGAACAAGGAGAGAUACAUGGUGCACGGGACAAAUGUGUACGGAAUCCUCCGGGCCCCUCGUGGCCCACGCACCGAAGCCCUGGUUUUGAGCGCCCCCUGCAGUCCAGGCAACAGCAACAACCAGGCUGUGGGGCUCCUGCUGGGUCUGGCACAGUACUUCAGGGGCCAGAUUUACUGGGCCAAGGACAUCAUCUUCCUGGUGAAUGAGCAUGAUCUGAUAGGGAUGCAGGCUUGGCUUGAGGGCUACCAUCACACCAACACUACCGGGAUGAGCUGGACACCGCUGCAUGGCAGGGCAGGUUCCAUACAGGCAGCUAUGUCAUUGGAGCUCAGCAGUGAUGUGGUCACCAGUCUGGACCUGGUGCUGGAGGGGCUAAACGGGCAGCUGCCCAACCUGGACCUGGCCAACCUCUUCUACGCCUUCUGCCAGAAAAUCGGCGUGCUGUGUACUAUCCAGGGGAAGCUGCAGAGGAAUGACUGGGACACCUCCUCAGGGUAUAACCACGCAGUGCAGACCAUGCUGCUGAUGGUGCUAAAGCAGGCCAGCGGGCGGCCCUGGGGAGACCACGGCCUCUUCCUGCGGUACCACAUCGAGGCCGUCUCCGUCCGCGGCAUCAACAGCUUCCGCCAGUACAAGACCGACGCCACUACCAUCGGGAAGCUGCUGGAAGGAAUGUUCCGAAAGCUGAAUAACCUGCUGGAGCGGCUGCAUCAGUCCUACUUCUUCUACCUGCUGCCGUCGCUGUCUCGCUUUGUCUCCAUCGGUUACUAUAUGCCGGCCUUCGGUCUGCUGACCUUAAUUCUGCUGCUCCGAGCACUGGACCUGUGGGUUCAGCUGGGGAGUCUGGCCUCAGGCACGGAAGAUGGACUUGCAGAGGGGGAGCAGGCAUCCAGUACCGGCGUUCUCUCAGUCCUGACGCCGGUGGUGAUCAGUCACCUGACGGGCAUGGCUCUGUUCAUGCUGCCCGUGCUGUCCCAGGAGACCGCCGUGGAGCACUUCCCUGUGUCCGAAACCGAGGCCGUCGUCCUGACCGCCAUCGCCAUCUACACAGCCGGCCUGGCCCUGCCACACAACACUCACAGGGUGCUGACGGGAGAGGGCACUGAGCAGGGCUGGAGGGUGCUGAAGUUGGUGGCAGUGCUGUACAUGGCUGUCCUGCUGGGAUGCACCGCCCUCAUCAACUUCUCCCUGGGAUUCAUCCUGGCCCUCACACUGGUGCCCAUCGCUGCCUUCGUCACCCCACACAUGCCCAGGGUGCUGUAUGCCUUCCUGAUGGUGGCUCUGAGUCCCGGCUUCACGCUGCUCUACUGCGUCUUCCUGUACCAGGAGCUCCAGGAGGCUCCGGUGUCUCUGCUGGAUGGCUGGAACAUCUUCCUGUCCGUCAUCUCCCAGGGCAUCCUGGACCACAGCCUGUACGGCUCCCUGGUCUACCCCCUGCUCUCCCUGUUCAUCUACCCCUGCUGGCUUCUGCUGUGGAACAUCCUCUUCUGGAAGUAGAGGAGCCCAGCUUUUAAAUGGGACUGGGUGGGAAGGAGAGAGGGAAGCCUGGCUUGAAUGCAGAGUCUUCAGAUUUGGUUAAGAAACCUAAUUGGAGGAGUGAGUAUUCUGGGAAGUCUCUAUUGGGUGAAUUUUGAGGUACGGGACCUAGACUAAAGGUGAUGUUUGCGGAGGAGAAGGAGACGACCAGGUGAGAGGAGGAAGGCUGAGGUCAGAGGUCGCCUGUGUGGUGGCAGUAGAAGGCCAUUGUGCAAACACUACAGCCAAAACAGAAUGCAAGGCCUGGCUCAUCAUCGUAUUAAGUCAAGAUCAUGUGAUUGAACUGAUCACGUUAAAGACAUCACCUAAUCCCCGUCCUUUACCAAACACUGGAUUGCCAAUCACCAGGGAGAAUGGCCACUGUUGCAUCGACUGUAUUUUAAUGUUUUUAUACAUUUUUGUUUUAAUAUUUCCUGUAUCCCCACAUGCUAAUUUAUAAAUAAAGAUUGUGCAUUUUCUUUUCCUGAAA